CCAAGUCGUGGAAUGGCGAACAAAACUAACUAACUUCAAACUCUGAGAACGAGCAGUGAAGCUCCGAAGUGGCCAGUUUGGCGUUCAGCGGAUGCGGCGCGAGGUUAGCUGUCGGAGAGCCAGCGCUAAUAUAUUAUAACGGAUAAGCUGGCUCUGACGCCCUUUCCGUCACUGGGCCUGCGAAAACUCCUACCUGCGUCGGGCGUUCAGCACGCCGUCGGAAGUGACGCUUCCAGCCGAGAAGCAGCUGGGAGCAUGAGCGGACUCGGCGGUAUGCUCGGCGGUCGCCUGAAAUCCGCCAAAGCUAUAACAAAGGGUCGUCGUGCCAAGAAGCAACAGGCAGAAGAAGCAGCUGAACAGCAGGUUGAGCAGCAGCCUGCACAGCCCAACGAUGGACCAGCGCCGCGGCUCUCAUUCAAGGGCCCAUCUCAGCAUGGCCUUAGAGAGUCGGAGUCAUCAGCAGCAGAUGCGGCAAUGGAAAGUCCCGAUGCAGGAACAGUGCCGCCGAAGAAGGUCGCCGUCUGGGGCAGCAGUAGCAAAAAGCAGGCGGCGCAGAAGGCUGCUGAUAGUGCGGCGGAAGAGCAGCGGAGAUUCCGAGCAUCAGCUGAGGAGGUGGAGGAAAUCCUGGAUGCCAUUCCAGUAAUUCGGGAAGCCGAUGUUCCCUCGCCCGGCAGGGAUGAAGGCGUGGCACAUGCUCCAGGCGUGACAAAUAUCCUGGACACGUAUCGCGUUCUCGACCGGGAACUUAUCGCGCAGCAAGUCUCCUGGAACGUGGGAGGUCAGGAUGGACAGGAUCUGAGUGUUUUGGCCAAUGCCGUCAUGCUUCCAAAGGCACAAUGUCAAGUGGACUGGAAAGCUGAGGAUUGGAACACGCUCAUGACCAGCGUCAAGUCGGACGAGGCAGAUGCACUGCAGGCGAGCGGCGUAUUGACGCCGCCGGAACCACUAUCGCCAUUGCUGCCACCGCCGUUGUGAAGUGGAACAACGACUGACAGUCCACCUCUGUGCUGAUACUGCUGUUCCACGGAGAAUGUACGUGCUGGCGAUUCACAUGAUUUCCACGCGGCAAGCCUAGCUCCAUGUGCUUCUGUGGGUUUGGCAUAGUCACGCUACAGACGAUCACAAACUUCCUGGAAAUUGGUCCUAAUCCAAGGGGCACCAUGUGAAUCCGUAGAAAAGCUAGCAGAUGACAGCGUUCUAUAGCUCUGUGUUUUUUUUCCUUAAAUCGCCACACUAGUCAAGACAACCGGAGGGAUCGUAUCCCUGUUCUAUUUGUACCUGGAAGGUCGCAAUAUCUGAGAUAUAUACUUCACUCUUCAGAGCCAUUUUGAGUGUGUAACAUUUUAACGGUGUGUUUAUGUGUGUCCGUGUGUCCGUGUGUGAGUGUGUGUGUGUGUGUGUGUGUGUGUGUGUGUGUGUGUGUGUGUGUGUGUGUGUGUGUGUGUGUGUGUGUGUGUGCUCUUCUUGCUGGACAGAAGGUCUAUAUCAUAACUUAAAAUUGCCGAAAAACUAUAUUAUUUUUGUCAUUCUGUUCUCUGAGACUCCAAGGGAAUUCGUCUUUUCCCAUUCACAGACUAUAUACAUGCGUCUUCUAAUUGAAAAAAAAGACUGAUCCCGGAGAA